UGAUGACUGAUGAUAUCUGAGGGCUGCUUUGCACUUUGCAUGCUCUAUAUACACUGGGCACAAAAUUUUUUGUUCCAAGUGUAUGUGGUUGAUCUACGUAGUAUAUAUUGCAGCUGACUUAAAAAAAAAUACUUAUGUACUAAUAUUUUUUUUUAAAUCAGUAUUUCUUUGUUCUAAUUUUGUGUAAUUUAACUCAUGCAUGUUUGUUACAGCUUCAUACUGGUGAUUUGUUAAUGUGUGUACCUUGCCUGUGUGUGUGCUUUAAUUUAUCACUAACAAAAUAAUAGACUCUAUCUCUAUACAUAUCAAAACAAGUAAUUAUGGGUAAGUGCAAAUUUAAUGAAGACUGGCUUAAAAAAAAGAUAAAAAUGGACAUAUUGUGUGUGAGUGGGGAAAAAAAGAGGACAGUGAUACAGGUUUUUUUUGUUUUGUGUGUCUUAAAAAGUUUUCGAUUGCUUGGGGCUUUGAAGCUAUCGAACAACACGCAUCAACACAAAAACACAAGGAACAGUGUAAAGUAAAGUUGACAGCAUCUCAAUUGCAUAUGACAAGUUUGCGACCCAAUGAAAAACCCAUCGAAGAACAACCAAGUACUUCUAAACCUGAAAAUAGCCAAAGAAGUUGUGUACAAUUAUAUAGUGUCAAAGAUGGGGUCACAAGAGCAGAAAUUUUGUGGGCUAUGAAAAUGGUGGUCUCUGAUUUUCCAAUAGAGCCCUCAUGCGAUUCUAUAAAGGAACUAUUUUCAGCUAUGUUUCCAAAUUCACUACCAUCAGAUUUUUCUAUGUCUACUACCAAAGCAAGAUAUUUAAUUUGUGAUGCUAUAGCUCCAUAUUUUAGGCAAGAAAUGAUGAAGGACUACAAAGACUCCUAUUUUUCGCUAUGUUUCGAUGAAACCUGCAAUGCAGCAUCAAAAAAGGAGCUUCAGGUGGCCAUAAAAUAUUGGUCUCCGAUUAAAGAAAUGAUAAUAACGACACAUUUAGAAACUUUCUUCAUUGGUAAAGCUACCGCCGAGGAUAUUUAUUCUAAGCUGAAUGAAGCAAUGGACAACGCUCAACUAUCCCGCAAAAGGCUUCUGAUGCUAGGCUGUGACGGGCCCAAUGUGAAUAAAGCGGUUACAAGAUUGAUGAACGAUUCUUUAAUUCUGUUGGGCAGACGGAAAUUAGCUGAUAUAGGAACAUGUAACAUUCACACUGUACACAAUGCCUUUCUUAAGGCUUUGAUGGAGUUUGGUGAAAGCGUAUCUGACUUUAUAUUUCAAAUUCACAACUUUUUCGAUGGUUGGCCUGCUCGCUGGGAAGAAUAUGAAAUUAUUCAAGACAAGUUAAAUUUGCCAAACCAUCGCUUCAUUAAGCACGUUUCUUCACGUUGGCUCACUAUGGGGCCUGCUGCUGAACGCGUUUUAGAGCAAUGGCCUGCAAUAAUUGAGUAUUUCACUAAACAUCUACCUAAAAAACAGACUAAUACAUCCCAAAACUUUAAAAACAUCUAUAACUUCAUCAAUCAAAAGCUAGCAAAAGCAGAAAUAAUGUUUGUAGUGUCCAGUGUAAAGAUGUUCGUGAAAGUCACUGGUUUCUUCCAGCGUGAAGAGCCAUUGGUUCACAUGAUUCAUGAAGAAUUAAAGAAACUCGUGAGAACCAUUUUUAAUCGGUUUUGUGUAAAAAGCGCGCCUACGUCAGUUGAAGGUCUAAAUGAAAAAUAUUACGUUCCUCUUCAAGAUAUUGUGCUAGAAGAUUCAAUCAGAGAAUUAUUGGAGACCGCUCAAGAACGUGAUAGAGUAACAUUUUUACACAAAGUAAAAAAUCAUUACGUCGCCGCUUGCAAACAUCUGCUAACAAAAACGUCAAUGGAUUAUUCUUUAAUAAAAUACUUGGCAAUAUUGAACCCUAAAAAACAAAAUUCAGAAACGUGUCAUAAAGACUUUUUAAAAAUUGCAAACACUUUGCCGGUUGCGUUUGAAGAAACGGCACUAACAAACGAAUGUCUUUUGUUAAUGCAACAUCAAAAAGGAAAUCAAGAAGAACAAAGGAUUGAAACUUACUGGGGCAAUAUUUUUAAAAGGACCUUUGAUAACGGAGAAAAAAUGUUCCCCAACCUGGAACACAUUGUAAAGGCCGCAUUAGCACUGUCGCAUGGCAAUGCAGAUGUGGAAAGGGGCUUUUCAUGUUCGGGUAGAAUUUUAACACCAGAAAGGGCUAACAUGUGUCAGAGGACCCUUGAUGCGCAUUUGACAGUUAAAUCGGCACAAAAAAACAUGUACGAAAACAAGAUUCAUUUAGUCCCUUUAACACCUGAAUUGAUGAAAUUAGCCAGAACGGCAUAUAUAAGAUAUAAAACAUAUUGUGAAGAACAGAAGCAAAAAGAAGAAAUAAAGAAGCUCGAAAAGAAAAGAAAUGAGGAACUUGAUAGAGAAAAAAAAGAACUUAAGAGAAAGUACGAAGAAACUAAGACGAUUAUUGAAGAAGGUGAGACAACGCUAAAAAAAUAAGAGAAGAAGAAAAAACUAAGAGGGAGACAAUUGACAGAUUAAUUAAAAAUGCAAAUGCCAUGUUGAAGGGCGGAAUCAAAGAAAAAGACAUGGUUUCCGUAAAUAUGGCAAAAUCUCUGCUAGAAACUGUAGUAAAGGAGAGAAAAGAAGAAGAACAACAAAUACAAGAGGAAGAAAAAAUACAAAAAAUCGUAGAUAAGAAGAAAAAAACACUUAUAACAAACUUCUUUAAGAAAACUUAAUUUUAAAUGUUAUGUUUAUUUUAAUGGAACUUCUCUGUACUUUUUUUCUUUCUCAUAGUCAUUUGAUUUUAGUGUUCACUAUAUGUAUAAUUUUGCACGAAUGCGCAUGACUCACUUGUAAUACAAUAACAAUUACUAACAAUAAAAAAAGUUUUUUAACACAAUAAAAAGGCGGUGCUGGUUGGCUAUGGGGAUGGUGGAGGCCAAUAACUGAAAAUAAGCUUUUUAUUUCACACCAUUCACCCGAAAAACGGUUUGGAAAUGGUCAGUAUUUGGUCAGUAUUUUUGAAUUUUUGGUCAGUAAAAUCAGUAUUUUCGACCAUAGAACUUGUUUCGGCCCCUGCAUCUUGAAAAAUACAGGAUCUUUGUUGAUCUUCAAUAGUAUCUGUGAUCAAAGGUUCUGGAUUACCGCAAUUAAAAACAUUGUGUAUGUUGUGUGUAUUAAAACAAAAGCCUGGCGAUGAUAUGUCACUUAAAUCAUUAUGUUCAAUAAUUGGCACAGUUGUCAAUGUGAUCAACGAGUUAGGGGAUUUGUUGUUAUUCCCGAUUUCUGUGUUUUGAUCAUCCUGAUGCAUAGCGAAAUAAUCAACGUUUGAUGUACACGGACCCGAUAAAAAAUGUGAAUCUUCAAAGUCGAAACCAUUUGAGGAAGGAAGAAUCGGAGCUAGUAAUUGAUCAGCACUGUUGAAUCUUGAAAAUGCGGGAUCAUCAUCUGAAUCACUAGUAGGAAAAAAGUCGGGAUCGAUCGUUUUAAUAUUACGUUGUAAUUGUUUGGAUUCCUUAAACUUUUCCCUCAACGCCUUAUUUUUUUGUGCUAAAAGCAUCAUCAUUUUCGUAUUUCUUUGCGACAUGGUUUAUCUGUAACAAUAUUUAAUAAGUAUAACUGAAUUAUUUUAUUCAUCAAAAACGUUUAGUUAUCUUUAACAAACAUAAUACAAAUUAUAUAUUUGGGAAAUAAAUUAAAAUAUUGCACUUACGUAAUGUAAAGUGCAAAUCAACUUAUUAUCAUCGGAACAACAAUAACCGUAUGGCUGGGAAAAUAUGAUUAAAAAUAAUUUACUUUAUGUUCUGGUAGAUCAAGGUCAAUUUUGCUAAGUACGAAUGCGUACGAGGGCGCGCACGCCAACCGCAAGAAAGUUUAACACAAAAUUUCUAAUUUUGCAAUGAUUAUGGUUACAAAAUGCUAAAAUAAUAUUUAAUAGGACUUACCUGAAUGUCAAUGUAUGAAGUGACCCCAUUAAGCACCUUAAUUUACAGUUUUUUUCUCAAUUUUGCACAAAUAUCAUGACCUCUUCACAACAAAAACAAACAAGUUAUGACACGAAUUUGCGAACGAAUUUGCCAAGGGCAGGGAUAAAUCACUGUAAAAUGUAUUAGAAAUUCGAUCUUAUCCAGUAAAACCAUAAGGGCUAAUUUAAUUUUGCUAUUGCAACCGUAUCUCACUAAUUCAAAACAGUUUGCGUAUUAUGCAAGCAUUAAAAUACUAAGCAUUAUAGCGGUAACUCAUUACUGAUUUUACUCAUCCUACUUACCGCUUAUCGGCUAAGCAAAAGUUGUGUAUUUAUUUAAGAAUUUUAGCGAUAUUUAAAUUUGCGGCUGGUUGCCUACGUAAUAUUAAUAUACCUCUAACACCCUUAGUGAUAUAUGGUAAAACUGAGAUAGAAAAAUCUUUCUUAAGGUUUUUUCAUACGUUUUGAACAAGAUAGUGCUAAAUGGCUUAGUCCAGUAGAUGCGUAUUUUUUAAAGCUAUCCGAUGGCAUAAAAAUCAAUUUUACGAUUUUUUUUGAGAUACCGCUUUUGCGCUUAGCAGGGCAGUAUUAUCGGCCCAACAGCAGUGGAAGGACAAGACUCUAUACAAGAGCUUGGAUUUAGUGUAUGUAUUAACCUUAUUUUCCAGUACCUCAUGUAACAAAAUUAUUAGCUAAAAAUCAAUACUAACUAGGUAAAUCUUGUUGAAUAAAUAUUGUACUUGAAUAUUAGAAAUUAAAAAUUUUAGCCAUUACACAUAUAUAAUUAGAUAAAACAGUAUACUAUUUAAUUAAGUAUCUACAUAUUCAAUAAAUAUCACCAUAAUAACUUUUUCAGAGACCUCAAUCUUCUGCACCUGCACCCUCUCAAUCAUCUGCAGUUGUUGCCCAAGAAGAUGAUCCAGUAUAUGUGGAUC